AUGUCCUCCUUCCGCCGCCUCAUUCGUUUCAUAGCCACGGAAGAUGGCCAGUCCUACUUUGCCGAUCUCGGCACGGUCGCUUGUGAUCUGCCACCGCCAGGAACCAGCGUCACCGCCGCCUCUACAACAAUCCAGGGGCUCGCCAGCCUCUCCGCCGCCGACAAGGCCAGAACACUCACAGUGGCCUCCCUGCUGCCCCCUCUGCCCCGAGACGGGGUGCCAAUCUACUGCGUCGGUCUCAACUACCGCAGCCAUGCCAAGGAGGCAAAGCUGAAUAUCCCAUCAUGCCCACCGCUCUGGACAAAGCCGGCCACGAGUCUGGCCAGUCCCGGCGAAGACAUCCCAGUCAACGACUUUUGCGCCAAGAGUCUGCUGGACUACGAGGGCGAGCUCGUCUUCGUCACAUCCCGCGACGCCAAAGAUAUCUCGGUCGCCGAGGCCAAGGAUUACAUCCUGGGCUACACCGUUGGCAACGACCUCUCGUGCCGCAAAUACCAGCUGGCCCAGAACUCGGGAGGCCAGUUCUUCUUCGCCAAGGCAUUUGACAAGUUUGCCCCCAUCGGGCCUACGCUCAUCAGUCCAGAGAUCUUUGGCGAUGUGUCCAAGCAUACUCUCGUGACACGCGUCAAUGGCGAGGUGAGGCAGACGGCGGAAUUCUCUGGGGAUCUUAUUUUCAAACCGGCGCAGAUUCUGAGCCAUAUGAGUCAAGGCACGACGAUUCCUGCGGGCACUGCGGUCAUGACGGGCACGGCAGCAGGUGUGGGCGCCUUCAUGACGCCCAAGACGUUCCUACAGGACGGCGACGUGGUCGAGGUGGAGAUGGACGGCGUGGGCAAGCUGAGCAAUAGAAUUGUGUUCAAGUGA